UUCCUCUUACGAUCUUAUCACCACCAUCAGUGUGUUAGCUUAUGUGUCAUGCCCAGGGGUCAAAGGUGUUUUUAUGUAUGCUGGGACCAAACAUUUCGACCGUCAAAGCAGCACAUCUUAUUUUGAUCCAUCUUGCACUUUGAGGUGAAAAGACCAGGUUAAGUUUGGAAUCGAGUGAAAGAAAUGGAAGAAAAAGGACCCUCUGAGAGAAUAGUCCGCCCAUAUGUACCAGAUGCAGUUGCAACAAGAUUAGUGACAACUUUGUAUGGAUUAACACCAACCAGCCUCCAUAAGAUGAAUAGCUAUGAUGACCAGAAUUUCCAUGUGAACGUUCAACCAAGUUCAACCAACCAAUUCAUUCCUGAAGUCUGGCCCCAUGGUUAUGUUCUGAAAAUACUGAAUGCCAUUGAUUCCGAAGAACCUCAACACAUGGAUGGACAAACUGAACUUUUGAAGCAUUUAAAUGGUAAAAAGAUUAAAGUGAAUGAUGAGGAAAUGCAAUUCCCUGUGCCAGUAAAAAAUAUUCAUGGAAAAUAUUGGUCAAAAGAAAAAUUGCACAGUCAAUUGGAUGAAAAUCUCAAGGAGACUAAAGAUAUUCCAUAUGAUUACUAUAUUGUCCGCUUGCUACUCUUUGUCCCUGGAAAGAUAUUGUUUCAAGUUCCAUACACUCCUUCAAUACUUUUUGAAGCUGGCAUGCUUUGUGGAGAGAUGAACAAAGCUUUAGAGGAUUUUUGGCAUCCCUCAUAUGGUAAAAGGGAUCUGCUCUGGAGAAUGGAUAAUCUUCCAAAGCUUUCAGAACUUGUUCAUGUAUUUGAAGAUGAACAAAAGCGCAGAAUAAUUAGUGAGGUUAUAGAUGCAUUUAAGACUGAAGUAUUAGAUAGCUUGAUGGAUCUCUCAAAAGGUAUAGUGCAUGGAGAUUUCAAUGAGCAGAACAUUUUGACAAGAAAAAGGCAGACCGAAGAUGAAGUAGAGGUUACUUACAACGUGUGUGGCGUAAUUGAUGUUGGAGACUCACAUUAUGGUUGUUACGCCUUUGAAGUAGCCAUUGGAAUGGCAUACAUGAUGAUAGAAUCAAAAGUCAUUGAUCCUUUGCUUGCAGGUGGGCAUUUUCUUGCAGGAUAUUUACAGGUCCGUCAACUUACCAGCAAGGAAAUGGAUGUACUAUGGAUAUGUGUUGCUGCUAGACUUGCCCAGUCAUUGACCUAUGGAUGGGAUGGAUACUUGAAAGACAAAAGAAAUACCUAUUUAUUAGUAACCCAAGAGAGUGGCUGGAGGAUUAUGGAUAAAUUGUGGGCUACAAGCAAAGCAGAUUUAAAUACUAAAUGGAAGGCUGUCAUUGAUUCUUACCAUUAGUUUGGCUUUUACCUGGGUACAUUCUGCAGGUCUUCUUACAGAUUUCCAAAUGAUCUCCAGAAGCGAUUUGUCUAAUUUCUAGUAGAAUAUUUGAGUUGGGUCCCCACCCAAGAGGUACCUGUAGUAAUUUAGGGUACUUGGUCUCAUGCUGGAACAUGUAUAUGUGGUGAUUGCAUACUUUCAUCUAGAGAGCUACAGAGACAAACAGAGACAAACCUAGAUUACAGAGACAAA